GAAGAUGGAUGGGUGGUUUGUAGAGUAUUCAUGAAGAAGAAUUUGUUCAAGGUAGUGAUUGACGGUGGUUCAAGCAUUAACUCAGCGGCCCAAUACAACCAUGAAGCGUCCAACAACAACAACUCGCUCCAAGCUCGUAGCUUUAUGCACCGAGACAGUCCUUACCAGCUAGUACGUAACCACGGAGCAACCACAUUCGAACUCAACAAGCCUAACCUUGCUCUUCAUCAGUACCCACCAAUCUUCCACAAGCCACCUUCCCUUGAAUUUGACUACUCUUCAGGACUUCAAAGGGAUUGCGAGAGUGUUGCUAGUGAUGGGUUACCAUAUCAGCAAGCUUGUGAGCCGGGUUUAGAGGUUGGCACGUGCGAGACCGUGUCGAAUCAUAACCAUCAACAAGGUUUAGGUGAAUGGUCAAUGAUGGAUAGGCUUGAGACUUGUCAUAUGGAAAAUGAAGAUUCCUCUAGAGGGAUUAGGUUUGAGGAUGGUAACAACAAUUCGUCGGCUGUUAUCCAGCCUAAUCCUGCUGCGUCGAACCAGCUUUCGUUGCGCAGUGAAAUGGAUUUCUGGGGUUAUUCUAAAUAA